AUGAGGACUAUUUCGUCUAACAUUUAUCUAGCGGGACUUUCCGCAAGUAACAGUGCCUUCUUACUGGCCUUAUUCGUUGUUUGGUUGGAAAUCACAGGGGUGCGAUUGAUUCAUCAGGAAGGGUGGUGCCAAACCGUGAUAUAUACAUCAUAUGUGUGUGGUUUCUUAUCUGUCUGGUUGAUCGUAUGUAUUGCCAUCGAAAAUUACAUCAUUACUUUCCACCUGUCGAAAGCGUCUAAACUGUGUACCGUUCACCGCACCUUUCUGGUCGUCAUAGGACUGGCUGUGUUCAGUCUUUUACUUUACGACUUUGCUCUAUGGUCAACGAAAGUCGUUGUGUUUAACAACACGUCGUACUGUAUAGUACCCGAACAAUAUGGAACUGUUUUAUCUAGAAAGGAAAGGUCGUUACUAAGGGUGACGCGACUUCUGUUCGUUAUUUCUGUUUCUUACUUACUUUUAACAUUACCCAGUCACGUGAACAAACUACGUCAUCUUUUUACUACGGAAUUGUCAGUUUCCCUUACCGACCGGGCCGUGCAGCACCUGUUUCAGUUGUUCUAUUACGCCAGUUUUUCAUGUAAUUUCAUUUAUUACCUUAUAUGGGGGCGAAACUUUAGGGAGUUUUUCAGAAAUUGGUAUAUUUUGUUCAAAGAGAAAGAAAAAUGUAGGAUAAUCUGUUGUUAG